CCCUGUGCAGAACUCUCUGACUCACUGCAGACAUGCUCAGGUUUCUGGUGUUGACCGCGCUCGCAGCCGCAGUGCUGGCUGAGCUGGAGCCCCAGCCCCGGUACAUGGAGGAGGUGAUCUCGGAGAGAGUGGUGGGAGGCGAGGUGGCCAAACCAAACGCAUGGCCCUGGCAGAUCUCUCUCCAGUACAAGUCCGGCAGCAGGUUUUACCACACCUGUGGAGGAACCCUGAUCACCAAAGGAUGGGUCAUGACCGCCGCUCACUGUGUCGACAGGGCCAGAACUUGGCGCGUGGUUCUCGGAGAACACGACCUGAACAGCAACAGCGGCAGAGAGCAGGUCAUGAGCGUCAGCCGCGUCUACAUCCACCCCAAAUGGAACUCCAACCGGGUGUCUGCCGGCUUUGACAUCGCCCUGCUGCGUCUGUCCUCUGAUGCCACCCUCAACUCCUACGUCCAGCUGGGCUCUCUUCCCCCCUCCGGCCAGAUUCUGCCCCACAACAACCGCUGCUACAUUACCGGAUGGGGCCGCACUGCCACUGGUGGCAGCCUGUCCACCCAGCUGAAGCAGGCCUACCUUCCCGUGGUCGACCAUAAGACGUGCACCAGCCCUGGCUGGUGGGGCAGCUCCAUCAAGACCACCAUGGUCUGCGCUGGAGGCGGAGCUGAGUCUGGAUGCAAUGGGGACUCCGGUGGCCCUCUUAACUGCCAGGUUAACGGCAAAUACUACGUCCACGGAAUUGCCAGCUUUGUGUCUGGCCUUGGCUGCAACGCUCCCAAGAAGCCCACCGUCUUCACCCGCGUCUCGGCCUACAUCGAAUGGAUGGACUCGAUCAUGAACUAAAGGGAAAAAGAGCCUUUUUUACAAUGACUGACAUGUCUCUGUGUUUGGUCGUGUACCCAUUCACUCUCUGUCUAUUUUCUUCAUAAAGCAAUAAAC